CGAGUGUAAAUUAUGAAUCAAAAAGAAGAAUGAAAGGUGAAGUCAUUUCUUUUUUUAUUUUCAUUGUAAAUUUUAUAUAAUAUUUUUAAAGAGGGAAACGAUAUUGGUAAAGUAAAAGAGAUAAAUAUCCAGAGUUGAGAGGGUAGCAUCCAAUUUUGAUUGAAAAUUUAAUUUAGCUAUAAUUACAAUCAAUUAACCAAAUUAGACCAUUUAAAUUAAAAUUUAAAAGAUGGCUUAAAUUUACAAAAAAAGAAAAAUAUUUAAAUUCUUAAUGUCAUUAUGCCUUAAUUUAUUGUUUGCCACUUGCUUAAUUAUUAUUAUUUUAUAGUUAUUGUCUUUUAAAUUUGUAUGUAAUAAUAAUUUCUAAAGUUGAUCUUUUUCCUUUAUAGUAUGCAUAUUAUUUUUUUUUUUGUUAAAAUUUUUCAAGCAUAUUAUUUGAUGAUAUAAAAGAUGAAUUUGUUUGAAAAUCUAAUCAAUUCAUUACUAAUUCUUAUUUAUUUUUUAUUCAUAAUACUUUUUAAAAAAUUAAUUUUUAAUAUUUUCAAUCUUUUUCAACAAAUAAAUAAUAGUUGAAGAUAAUUUUUUAUAGAUGUACAAACCAACCAAAAAGUAAUCAAACAUCAACGAAACAUUAACCAAAUAUCAACCAUACAUCAAUAAAAUUAUUCAGGUACAUAAACAAACCUAAAUUAAAUAUAGAAAUAAAAAAAUAAAAUAAACUCUUCUCCAAAUUAUUGUCUCCUUUUCUUAGUUACUUGUCUUAGUCAUAUUUAUUUGCUAAUUUUAUGAAAAUCUAUCCCUAAAUUAUCCAAAUUCAGUCAAUAACUUCACAAUUAUUUUUAUUCUUUAAUUAUUUUUCCAUCAACAAAAGCAAAUAAAAAUCAACCAUAAUCAAAGAACAAAAUAAAGUGAAUCUAAAUAUUGAAACAUAAUUUUUAAAUAAAAAAAAUUAAUUUCUAAUCUUUUUGAUAAUUUUCAACUCACAACCAUUCAGGAGAGGCAUACAAUAGGCAUGCUAAUGCUAAAUGGAUAGCUGACUAUUAGUUGAAAGGUUCAAAGCUGAUCCCACUUAGGCAAUUCAAGAGAUCAUACUAGCUAUGAAAGAAGACUGUGAUACUGAUGUGUCAAAGACUUUAAGCAUGGAGAGCAAGAAAAGUUACCUUGAAAUUUAUCAAUGAUGAUGAGACAGAACAACUUUCUAGACUUCAUGAUUACAAAGCUAGAACUGUUAAGAAGUAAUCCAGAAAGCACUAUAGUUUUUUAUUUGAAUGAAAGAGUUUUUAACAGUAUGUAUGUGUACUUUGCUGCAUUGAGAGAAGGAUUUAAGUCUUGUAGGCCUUUGAUAUCUCUAGAUGGGUGUUGGCUUAAAAGAGUAUUUAGAGGACAGCUUCUCACAGCUGUUGCUAUAGAUGCAAAUGACUACAUCUAUCUAGUGGCAUUGGUGUGUUGUCUAGAAAGAAAACAAGCAAUACUAGAAAUGGUUUUUGGAGUUGAUGGCUGAAGGCUUGGACAUAUUAAAUAGUUAUCAUUGGAUCUUCAUGAGUGAUAAACAGAAGGUAAAUAUUCUUCACAUUUUCCUUUUUUUUUGCAAUUAAUAUAUAUGUGGUAUUAAUUUUGUGUUGUGAUUUUGGAAUAGGGUCUUAUUCGUGCCAUUGAAGAACUAUUCCUUAACUGUGAACCUAGGUUUGUGUUAGACAUGUGCAUAAUAAUUUUAAAAAGAAAUUUAAUAGUUUAGGGUUGAAAGAACUUGUGUAGGAUGCUGCUAGGGCAAGUUAUGUCCAGAUAUUUAAAAAAAAAUGGACAAGUUUGCAUCAAAAUCAAAACAGGGACAUAACUACAUGAAUAACAUCCCCCUUCUUCACUACUCUAGGUCUCAUUUUAGGUCUAAUGGUAAGUGUGACAUAUUGUUAAACAACUUAUGUGAGUGUUUUAACAAUUUUAUCUUAGAUGCUAGAACCAAGGGUAUGAUAGGUAUGAAUGAGAUUAUAAGAACAAAAUUAAUGAAGAGGAUACAUAAGAAAAGGGAUGCUAUAAAGAGAGUGGACUUUUCUUACUACCUUAAGAUCCUGAAAAAACUAGAAAAUUCAAAAAUUUUGCUGAAUGUUUAGAAUAGAGUAGUCUAGGGGUGAUAGGCUUCAAGUAGUUGGACUAAGGGGAUAGUUUGUAGUUGACAAACAGGAAAUGACAUGCACAUGUAGGAGGUGGGAUCUAACUCGUAUACCUUGUUGUCAUAUUGUAUGUGCACUUUGGUAUAAUAAUGAAGACCCUGAAUUUUAUCUACAUGGGUACUACAAGUUGAAACAUACCUAAAAUGCCAUAGCCAUUUGCUUUACCUAACUACUAGUCAAGAAUUUUGGCCCAAAAAAACUGCCCCACCGGUCUUCACCCCUAACCAGUCAAACCUAGAAAAGGCAGGCUUGCUAGAAAGAGAAGGCUAGAGGAAGAAGAGAUGGAAGCUCUAAUAAAAAAUGGUAAGAUCACACAAAAGGACUUUGUGAUGACAUGCACAAUUUGUGGUGCUAAAGGCCAUAACAAGAGGUUUCAUGGUGUUGGUACUUCUACAUGGAAACAAUAGAGGAGGAAAAACUGCUUGUGAAGAGGAAGACAAAAAACAACAAAAGAAAAAGGGAUCCAAUGGUGAAAGUAGUGCACAGAAUGUGCAAAGUUGUGCUGCCACUUGUUUUGAUACACAUGAAGAUAAUCAUGGAGCUUUAAAUGUUUUUAAAAAACAUGAAGAUGAUCAUGGAGCUUCAAAUAUAUUUGAUACACAUGAACCUGAUCAUGAAGAUGACCAUGGAGCUCCUAUAGGCACAACUCCUUUAGGGACAGCUUCAAUAUUCGAUAAUCUGUCACCACUAAUCCCAUUAUCACAGAUAUGGGCAUUGGAAGACUUUCACAUACACAGAAAGAAGAAAGUGCAAAAAAUCCAGCAACUGAAGCUAAGGGAAAAAAAACUUUCAAACUCCCAAGAUUGUUGAGCAAAGAGGUUGGGACUGAAGGAAGUGCUAUAAUAAGUAAGAAAGGAGUUGGUACAGCAACAAAGCGUUCAAGGCAAAGAAAAACAGAAGAUUGAUGGAAGUGUUUCAACAAAGAAGAGAGCUUGAGUGCCUCCAAGAACUAUAGAGAAUAAAAGAAUUAGGCUUGGAAAGGAGACAAUGACACAUGUAAAGGAUGUCAAGCAUACAUUGUAUGCAAAAGACUGAUACAUAACAUGUUCCUUAACUACUAACUUUUAACUCACAAAUUAAUAUGUAUAACAAAACUAUUUAUAUGAGUCAUACAUAUCACACACCAAAAAGCACACA